AGAGCCGCAACAAGGGGGGAACUCGGCUUGCAUCCUUGUCUAACUGGGGAUAGUGGAGAGAGAGAGGGGGGCCUAACAGCCGUUGGCGUUACGAUCUAGGGGCCAUGCCACCAUGGCCAACGACCGAGGAGGGUAGCCAAGGCGCAAGCAGCAAUGGCCAACGGCGAGCGGGCAGGGGUUCGGGGGUUUAGAAAGCCAAUCACUCGGGUUUUGUCCAAGUCGAAAUGGCAGAGGCGCAGCGGGGGGGACGAGGAAGGGGAGAAGGCCGGAGGGCAUCCCGGAGGCCACCGACCGCGUGACUCGCGUCCAUCGGAAAUGGAUGCAAUCAUUGGGCUUGGCGAGCAUGGGAGGUGUCGUCUGCUGAUUGUGGAUUUCAAAGUCCCUCAAACCCCCUCAGCAUCAACGACAUCGACUCAUCGUUUGUGUUCAGCCGUUAUGGCCCCGUUGGUGGGGGAAUUCAGGGUUGACAUUCCCGUCGCACGGGCCGCGAGAUACGGCGUCGGCGGCAGUCGAAUAAGGUAGGUCAAGCCAGACAGCGGGUUUCAGCAAUACCGAUGAAGGACCGGCGUGAGCUGUAAGCUGUGCGGUGUAGCUCGUAUGCGUCGUGUGCGCCUCGUGUCGAGUUACCCCUGGGGUUCUUCGACAGGUUUGGCG